CGACUCUACUUCCGGUUUGCUCACCCUCGUUGUUACCGUCUGGUUCGUCUCACCGGCACGUAGAAUGAGCGGAGCCAGUGUCAAAAAGAGCCCGUCUGGUUCGUCAAGCGUCAUGAAUUGGAUCAGUUCGGCCUACCGCUUUGCAUCAGACAGAAAUGAUUUCAGAAGGAAUCUUCUCGUUAAUCUGGGGUUGUUUGCAGCUGGUGUUUGGGUUGCAAGAAAUCUCUCCGAUUUUGACUUAAUGGCCCCUCAGCCUGUCACGUAACCGUGUAACAUUCAGGAUGAUGGUGUCUUGGAUCUGCAAAGAAUAACGACAGGAUGUGAAGACUUGUUUGUUGUUAAUCCUAGUUUGAAAUGUAUUAUCUCUUUUGAUCGUUAAUUUUUACAUUUUUGUUGUUGCCAUAAAUCAAGUUCCUCUUUAUUGACUGUUAAGUCC